AUGACUCAUGAAGGCAACACUCAAGUUAAGGAGACAACUGUUGUUUCCUUAAUUCAAAAAUAUAAAGCCUUCAAGAUGAAAGAUGAUGAAUAUGUGGAAACGAUAUUUUCAAGAUUCCAGAUGAUUGUUGCAGGACUUAAGGUCUUGGACAAAGGAUAUUCCAUAUCAUAUCACAUUAAAAAGAUUAUUAGAAGUCUGCCUAAGAAAUGGAGACCAAUGGUAACUGCUUUGAAGCUGUCAAAGGAUUUGAACAAUGCCAGUGAUAAGUGCCAAUUUGUAGUGCUUUUGUAUUCAUGCAUGGUUGGAGCUUUGACUAAUAAAGAUGAUAAAAAUCAUCAAUUUGCCAGUCUUGAGGAACUGAUAAGUUAUUUGAGAAGUCACGAGAUUGAACUUCAAGAAGAUGAACCUCAGAGGAAAGGAAAAUCUAUUGCUUUGAAGUCUAGGUCUGAGAAGAUAAAGGCUUUUCAAGCUGAAAAAGAAGAUUUAGAAGAGUCUGAAGAUGACUCAGACGAAGAUGAACUUUCUCUGAUAUCCAUAAUAUUGAAUCAUAUAUGGAAAUAUAGAAAGAGUAAGUUCAGAAGAUCAAGAAGAUCAAAGGACAGAAUUGGAUCUUCAUCAAGUCAGAAGAAAGCUGAUGGAAAUAAAGUCAUAUGGUACGAGUGCAAAGAACUUGGACACUACAAGAAUGAAUGUCCAAAGCUUAGGAAAUACAAGAAGCCUAAGAAAGUGUUUGAAGCCGAGAAGGGUCUCAUGGCAACAUGGGAUGAUUCUGAUUCAGAAGAGGAAGAUUUUAAGGAAGAGCAGGCUAACGUGGCACCCAUGGAUGAAGCCAACACAAGUGAAGUUAUCUCAGAGAGUGAGCUGACAACUGAUGAUGAGUCAGACUCUGAUGAUGAACAAAAGGUAUUUUCUUCUCUUUCUCGUACUAAACUUGAAUCUUGUUUUUCAAAAAUUUGUAAAAGAUAUAGUUUUCUUAUUAGUAAAUACAAAAUUCUAAAAAAGAAUUUUGUAGUUACCACUGAGAAACCUACUGAGUAUGAGCAAGAUAAGUUUGAAAAAAAAUUUGCUUUAGAAAAAUUAAAUCUUGCUCUUAAAAGUAAAGUUUCUAAGUUAAAGGAAGAGAUUAUAUCUAUAGCAUCUGUUACAGAAGAAGUAAUCAGAUACGAUAAAGCUUUUCAACAUUUCUUAGCUAAAAUCAUUGAUAAAAGCAAGAUGACUUCAAUGUUCUAUGAUGUUAGCAAAAAUGGAGGCAGAGGAUUGAGAUACUUAGGACCACCAAAGAAACUUGAUGAAACUGAGUUUGUUAUUCCAAAAUCUCUCUCUGAAUAG